GCAGAGACCUGAAUGAUGUGAGAGAAGAAGAGAUAAAAAUCAGGGGGCGGUCCAGCUUCCUCUCCUGAGAGCCCGGGAAACCGGCGGAACGCAGAUACGCGAGGGCCGGGAGCCGGAGGAGCCGGGCCACCGAGGACUGUACGGCAGCGGGGGAGCGGUUUGGCGGGGACACAGGGCCGUUCAGUGGCCGCCGCGAUGCUCCCCUCCUUGCAGGAAUCGCUGGAUGGGGAUGAAAAGGAGGUAGAGAGCAGCGAGGAGGGUGGCUCCGCCGAGGAGCGGAGACUCGAGCCGCCGCCCAGCAGCCACUACUGUCUCUACAGCUACCGCGGAAGCAGAUUGGCACAGCAGCGAGCGGACAGUGAUGAUGGAAGCCCAAGCGGCACAAAUGCAGAAACUCCCUCUGGUGAUGAUUUCAGCCUCUCCUUGGCGGAUACUAAUCUACCAUCUGAAUUGGAGCCAGAGCUGUGCAGUUUCAUUGCUAAGCGUCUUUCUAAGGGAGCAGUCUUUGAAGGGCUGGGUAAUGUUGCAUCUGUGGAGCUGAGAACUCCAGGUUACCGAGUUGGUUGUUAUUACUGCCUUUUCCAACACGAAAAACUGCUUUCCCAAACAGCAACAACAGACUCUGAACAUAACUGUUCAGAGUAUGUGGUCUGCUUUUUAGGAGGGUCUGAAAAAGGACUUGAGCUUUUCAGGCUUGAAUUGGACAAGUAUAUUCAAGGGCUGAAAAAUAACAUGAACUGUGAGGAAAGGGGUGGGGAGAACCACGUACAGUCCUACCUGAGCAGCUGGUUUGAGGAUGUUAUAUGCCCAAUCCAAAGGGUGGUUCAUCUCUUUCAGGAGCAGCUUACCUUUCUGCUACAUGCUGCUCUGAGUUAUACUCCUGUUGAGGUUAAAGAAUCAGAUGAAAAAACAAAGAGAGACAUUCACAGGUUUCUGAGUGUGGCCAGUCUCCAAGGCCUUAUUCACGAAGGCACCAUGACGUCUUUGUGCAUGGCCAUGACGGAGGAGCAGCAUAAGUCUGUGAUCAUCGAUUGUAGUAGCUCCCAGCCUCAGUUCCACAACGCAGGAAGCAAUCGGUUUUGUGAGGAUUGGAUGCAGGCUUUUUUGAAUGGUGCUGAAGGAGGUAACCCUUUUCUUUUUCGACAAGUCCUGGAGAACUUUAAACUAAAGGCCAUACAAGACACAAAUAAUUUGAAGAGAUUUAUCCGGCAGGCAGAAAUGAGUCAUUAUGCUUUGUUUAAAUGUUACAUGUUCCUAAAGAACUGUGGUAGUGGAGAUAUCCUUUUGAAGAUUGUUAAAGUGGAACACGAAGAAAUGCCCGAAGCCAAAAGUGUGGUAGCUGUCCUCGAAGAAUUUAUGAAAGAAGCUCCUACCCAAAGUUUUUGAUCACAUGUUUUGAGAUGAUUAUAUUGUGAAGUUAUGCAAGCCUUGGUGUUUGAAAUUGCAGUUGUUAUAACUGUCAUAGGAUUGCUAUUUCAGAUUAUUUGAAACACAUUCUAGGUUUUUUCAUGUUGUACUUUUAAGAUUAAACCUAAUUAGACAUAUAAAUCUGAGGCAAGUCUUCAUUGAGCCCUAGAUAGAUGUGUGUUAGAGUUGUGAAAAUUUUACAUUUGCUGGUCUCAUAAAUUCUAGACUUCAGGGAGUUGUUCCUUAAAAAACUUCAGAGGAGAUUUUGUGGCUUCUGUGAGGAGUUUGCUGCAGUAUUUAGCAACUUUUCCUCCCAGAAAGAUGAUAAUACUUCUUUCUCAACGUACUAUAGCUUCUUUUAAAAAAAGUGCUUCUAGUCUUAGGACAGAUUAACACCACGACACCAUUUCAAAAACAGAUCUGUGCAUCCUGUGGGUGCUUGAUAGAUUUUUUUUGUCUGAUUGAUAACGGAUGGAUGAUGAAGCCAGCUUUUAUGUCAAUAUGCAAAUAAAUCAUGAGUGUGUAAGGAAGUAAAUGAGCUUUAAAAAUAGAUGUACUAGCUUCAAGAUAAAACAUUAUCUCUGAUGGAAAGCUACUGCAGAAGUGGCCCCAUCACUUUCUUCAUUUGUUCACAGGUAUUUGCCAAGAGCCUAUAUUUUCUUUUUUCUUUCAGAUGAAAAUGCUGGAGUUUUUAAACCGAGUGUUAAAAAAGAAACAAAAGUACAUAAAUUGUACAAGCAAAUGUAACAGAGAUUCUUCAUGUCAGCGUAAAUCAUUGCUUUUAGUUUUUUGUACAUUUGUUGCAAGCCUUAAAUUGUUUUAUUCUGAAUCAAUUGAAAGUGUUCUCAGAGCCAUUUAUAAUUCCCAUGGAAGCCAACUGUAGCUACACACGUAUGACUGCAGUUUGUUCUGCUUAGCUCUUUAAUAAAUCCAUUUGAUAAUGAUUUUUGUUUAGAAGAUCAGAAGUCUUGUGUUCUCACUGCCCUCAGGAUGCUCAGAGGAACACAAGCCCGUAAAAAUCUUCUCCUACACUCAUCUAAAUUCACAUUAAGUGCUGAGUUUUAACUUUGCAAAUGACUGACAAUGGCCUUCUGCUUUCUCUUAUAUAGAAGUCUAGAGACAUGACUCACUGAGCCAUUUCUUUUCUUUAAUGAGAAAUACAAUUCAGGAUCCUCAUAAAGGCUUUCAUAUGGUUUUAAACUUUAAUAACUUGGAUCAUAGUCAGUGUAGAAAAAAAAAAAAUCCAAGUAGCAUCUUUUUUAUAGCAUUAAAUUCAGAAUGACUAUGGAAAACAAGCGAUUUUUUGGCACAGCCCUUGAAUCUUUUUCUAAUGUAGGGUUGCCCACUUGGAAAUCAAAUUUUUAAAUAAACAAUGUUAAGACAUCAACAUUUUGAGUCUGGAAAACAUAUUUUUCAUUUUCAAAUUCACAUAUCAUUCAAGAGUCCAUGUUGUAAAUAGCAUUUAAAAGCAAAUGUAUUACCUGCUUCAAGUCAUUUAUGGAUAGAGUCAAGGCAUAAUUACAUAUUCUUUAUAUGUACUUUUAUAUAUACUUUUUGUAAUGUAAGCUCACUACAUUACACAGUUAUAUAUAAAACAGUCUUAUUUUAAAAGUGUAUGAUAAACUGUAUAUCACUACUGUAGACAAGGAAAAUAGUGACAUGGCGUUGAAUAUCUUGUGGGCCAUGAGAAGAAACUCAAAGAGCUCAUGACCAAAAACAUGUACUGUAUUCAAAUUUUAAUAAGCUAAUAUAUUAACUUUUAAAGUUUUAAAAAGCAUUUGUUCAAGUGUGGAAUACAUUAUGUAUUAUUUGUGUGCUAUACACAGGAAAUGUAUGUUUGUCACGUAUCAAAAAUGGUCUCAAUUUAUCUGUAAUUAUAUUUACAAUAAUAAUAAUAAAACAGCUUAGCUUCUCACCA